UAUCUUUCAUUCCUUUCAUUACAAAAUAUAUCAAACGGCCGUGAAAAAAGGUCAUACACAACACGGUCGUGUGAGUUUGGAGAGAAAGACAUUAAAGAUGUGGAAAAGGUGGAUUAUUGGAGGGAAUCAGGGGCUGAAGAGAUUAGCAAUAGGGCAAGUACACAAAGUAAGAGGAUACUCUACUAAAAGGGACGAUUUUCCUACACUUGAAGGCCACCCUGCUGCCCAAACUCAUGCAGAGGAAGCCGCAACAUCACAAAGGAGAGUGCAGCAACACGCAACGGCAACAACGACAACGACGACUCAGGCUCAACCGCUGACAAAAGAGUUCCAAAUAUACCGUUGGAACCCUGACUUGCCCAACCAAAAACCCUUUCUUCAGUCUUUCUUCGUCGACCUCUCUACCUGUGGCCCCAUGGUAUUGGAUGCAUUGCAAAAGAUAAAGGCAGAGGAUGACUCAAGUUUGAGCUAUAGAAGAUCAUGCAGGGAAGGAAUUUGUGGGUCCUGUUCUAUGAAUAUUGAUGGCCUUAACACUGUGGCUUGCCUUAAGCCCAUUGAUUCCGAUAUUACUAAGCCUACCACAAUCACUCCCCUUCCUCAUAUGUUCGUUAUCAAGGAUCUCGUCGUCGAUCUCACCAAUUUCUAUAAUCAAUACAAGUCGAUUGAGCCGUGGCUAAAGACGAAGAAGGGAGCGGAGGAUGGGCGUGAACAUAGGCAAUCGCCUAAAGAUAGGAAGAAGCUUGAUGGAUUGUAUGAGUGCAUAUUGUGUGCAUGUUGCACCGCUGCAUGCCCUGCAUAUUGGUGGAAUCCAGAGAAGUACUUGGGUCCAGCAGCUUUGAUUAAUGCAUAUCGAUGGAUUUCGGACACUCGAGACGAUUAUACCAAGGAGAGAUUACAGGCUAUAACAGAUGAUGAUAUGAAAUUGUACAGCUGCAGGAUUAUCAAGAAUUGCACUGCAGCAUGUCCUAAGAGCUUAGAUCCUGCUUCUGCCAUUGACAAAAUGAAGAUGAUGGAUAGGUUUUCUAACUAUGACGAAAAUAAGUAGCAAAAUUAUGUAUGUCCAUUUGCUAUUGUACCAUCUUUCUCUAAGGCUCUAAGGUACUCUCUCUAAGUUUAGCCGUUCGUUUAGAAAUCAUCUAGUUUUUUCUUGCAAUUGUAAUUAAAUUGGUAAUUGGUAAGAUAGAGUUCGACUGUACAAUGUUGUUUACCAUACAAUCAUGAAAGGUACAUAAUCAAAUGACUUGAAUUGAGAUCAAUGACUAAAUGACUUGGGGUGCAAGGGUAAAAUAAUUUUGUAGGACGGAGAAAUAAUCAAAUGAAAGGGACAGAUCUAGUAGGUAUCAUACAUUUUGUAAUGUAAUUUUUUUUUAUUAUUAUUCCAUAAGUUAUCAGAAGCUUUUAAAGCUAAAAUUUCAUUAGAAAUGCAACAAGAAUGAUAAAUAAUGUACUGGAGUACUCCGUCGUAAGCUAAUGAA